AUGAUUGAGUCUACCUCUCAAAAUCCUAAUGCGGAUAAGGAAAAUAUACCUCCAGAAAUAAUUGAGUCUACCUCUCAAAAUCUUAAUGCUAUCAUUAUUGAAACUACUCCUCCAAGUAGAACUGAGGAUAAAAACAGAAAUGAGACAACAAAAUUAAUACCUGUUAACAUUCCAACUCCUUUUAAGAAAGCGUUGUUCUGGCCUAACCAAAGUUCAGUUAGCAAAGGAAAGAAGAGAAAAAAAAUUCCAGUGGUGACCACUUCCGAUCAAUGGAAGGAGUAUAAAAAAAAAAGAAGAAGAAAAACAACAACACGAAGAACUAAGGGAAAGACGAAAAAACAAAGAGAAGAAAAUAAAAUUAAACGAGAAAGCAAACACCUGCAGAAGAAGAUCAAGAAGGCGACUAUAGAAGAAAAACUAGAGAAUGAAGAUAAUAAAAAAGAACUGAAUAGAGAAGCGAUACAAGUAGAAGAUUACGUAAUAGUCAAUUUUUAA